UUACCGUAGGUGGAAAGCGCGCAUGUCCUACAAUUUUCGGCCAUAUUGUUAUGACGCAUACAAGAUCAUAGGUCUCCGCCAGUGACGAGUCUUCUCGCAGUUGACGUGGCUACUACGUACCAUCCCGUUCGCCCACUCCGGACGCAGCAUAGACGGUGACGAGGAAUACGUAACUGGUGGCCUUAGUUGGCAUGGAGGGAAUGGUGGAGGAGAACGGAACUUCUGGCGGCGCUGGUGGAGCAGACCCGCUGGCGAGUGGAGCAGGCACGGCGGCCGCAGGGCCCGCGCCGCACGUCGUUGCCGUCACCACAAUGCAGGCACCCGCACAGGUGCAAUCGGUGAUUCAAGCAAACCAACAAUCAGUGAUUCAGACAGCUUCUAAUAUUCAAUCUGUGCAGUUACCAAAAGGAAAUGUUAUUCUUGUCAGCAAACCAAGCUCAGUUAUCCACACAACACAAGGAACUCUACAAACAUUGCAGAUUAAGCCGGAGCCAAAUACAUUAGUGAGCUCCCAAGGGCAAUCAUGCAGUGAUGACAGCUGUAGUGAUGAUGACAGUCCAAAAAGGAAGUAUCGGGAAAUGCUGACUCGGCGGCCAUCAUACAGAAAAAUAUUGAAUGAUCUGGGUGGAGCAGAGAUAGCUGACAAUCGCAUGGGGUCUAGACCGGGAUGCGAGAAUGAAGUGUCGCUGUCAUCCCCUUUAUCAUUUGCGCCAGUGAUCCCGGCGGGCGCGCUGCAGACGGACGGCGGGCUGCACACGCUGGCGGUGUCGGGCGGCGCGGGCGGCGGCGCCAUCGUGCAGUACGCGACCACCAACCAGGACGGCCAGUUCUACGUGCCGGGUCCUAUUCUAGAAGACCAGACUCGCAAGAGGGAACUCCGGUUACUGAAGAACCGCGAAGCCGCCCGAGAGUGCCGGCGCAAGAAGAAGGAGUACAUCAAGUGCCUGGAGAACCGGGUCGCCGUACUCGAAAACCAAAACAAGGCUCUAAUAGAAGAGUUAAAGUCACUAAAAGAACUGUACUGUCAGCAAAAAACAGAAUGAGGCCCAGCUGGCUAACCGGUGUGCCGCUGCCUGCUGUGAGAGCCUCGAGGAGGCACACGAGUCGGUCCUGCGCUGCAUUUGGAGAGUUGCCACUUCUGUCGGCGGCGCGCCCUCCGACCUUUGUCCGGCCUUCGUGACGAGGAAUAGAAUUAAUUGUAAUAUAAAUAAAAAAUGUCGAACUGUUCAAUGUGAAUUACGUGUAAGAUCUAUUGGCUUAAUUCGAAGUAUUGUUAGAUAAUGAUAAAUGUUGGUUUUGUUAGCGACUGUUUUAUAAUAAUUUUCUGUUGGUUUUUUUAAAGGAAGUCAUAUGUUUUAACAGUAAAUGUUAUUAUAAUUAUAUAAACUACGUCGUUAUUACUCGUGGAUGAUGUCGUAACACCGUUUAUUUUAAAAGAUACCUUUACCGAUAUUUGUAUCAUUCUAAGAAUGAUGAAAUUUGUUUUUAAUUUUCUUAAAUUAUUUGGAAGUUUCUUGGUGAAAGUCGACUUGUGUGCCAUUUUCUAAGUCGGGUGUUAAUUUAAAGACCAUAUUUUCAAAUAUGUACUGAUUUAAAAUAUUCAUUGCUGGACAGUAAA